UCGCCACCGCCUCCGCCUCCGCCUUCGGCUACAGCGCAGCCCGCCUCGCCCCUGCCGUCGACCUCCUCCGCUCCCUCCUCCCCCCCUCCGACCCCCGCGCCGCCAUCGCCGCCCUCCGCCGCUGCUCCUGGCUCCUCACCAUCGACCCCGACAAGGUCCUCUCCCGCAACGUCGACCUCCUUCGCCGCCGCGGCCUCGAUCCCUCCGCCGUCGUCGAAAAAGCCCCUAACCUCCUCGUCCUCAAGCCCGAAAUCCUCGACGCCCCCUUCGCUACCGUGGAGCAGGAUCUCGGCAUCGCCAGCUCCUCCGACUGCUACCUGGCUGCCGUCAACCUGGCGGCCUCCCUGCCUAAAGAGGACCUGCUAAAGAAGAUGGAAAUGGUCGCCAAUUACGGAUUCAGCGACAAGGACCAGCUCACCUUGAUCAAGAGAUCGCCGAUGUUCCUGCGGCUGAAGGAGGAGCACAUGCGGCGGAAGCUGGACUUCUUGGUCCACACGGUGGGGUGCACUCCGGCGCAGCUGCUGGGGAGUUCCUGGCUGUUUAUGUUCAACCUGGAGUCCAGGCUGAGGCCGAGAUACGAGCUGCUGCGGGGGUUGCAGGCCAAGGGAUUGGUUGCGGAGGCCGUCAAUAUAUUCAAAGCGUUGGUAAGGAUGUCUGAAGAGGAAUUCCGCGAAGAGUAUGUUUACAAGUUUGAUGACGGCGAUGGCUCGGAUCUUGUCCGGCCAUACCUGAGCAUCUCGGGGAAGCGCAGGCGCUGGUAAUGGAAUCUCGUACCUCAUUUCUUAGGAUGCUUCCCGAUCGAUCGUUUUGAUGUGAAAAAACUUUGUUUGCUGACUAUGAGGUGUUCUACAUUUCUUGGAAAUCAAAGAGAUGAUUCUGAGAUGUUGCAUUUGGCUGAUGUAUGAGAAGCUUAGCAUUUGCUGAA